AUGGCCCCCUCAAAUAUCACAGCGGAGGAAAUCCCUACCCUCCUCGCCAAUGACAUCAAGGUCAAAGUCGCCGGCAUCGACUGCGAUGGUAUUCUCCGCGGAAAGGUCAUGUCGAAGGACAAGUUCCUGGGCAUCGUGGAGAAGGGAUUCGGAUUCAGCUCCGCCGUCUUUGGUUGGGACAUGCAGGACGUGCUCUAUACCACUGAUGCGAAGAUUGCCCCGGCAGACUCGGGAUACGUGGACUUUAUCGCCAUUCCGGACCUGAACUCGUUCCGUCGCAUCCCGUGGGAGGAUGACAUUCCCUUCUUCCUGGUCCGUUUCGUUCAGAAUGACAAGCCCGUUUCCGCGGACGGUCGGAGCAUGUUGAAGUCGAUAUGCGACAAGCUGGCGGCCAAUAACUGCCAGGGAAUGGCAGGAGUGGAAUUGGAGUUUAUGAACUUUCAGACCCCCUCCGAAGACGGCUACGGCGCCAACGCCUCCCAGACCCGCGAUAUCGCAGCCUUUCUCGAUAAGAAUGCCCCGGGUGCGCUGCGCCCCUUGACUGCAGGCAGCUUCUCCUACAGCGCGACGCGACCGGUGGCCUUCAAGAAAUACUUCUAUGACAUCUUCGAUACCAGCGCGCGGUUCAACUGUGGCAUUGAGGGGUGGCACACCGAAGGCGGGCCGGGUGUCUACGAAGCGACAGGCCCUGAAAGUAUGCGACGUCGGCGAGAUGGCCGACAAGGUUUCUCUCUUCAAGUAUGUGGCCCCAUGGUAGUCUCGAAUCCAGCUAACGGAAACAGACUCCUGGCCAAAUCGAUAGGCGUCGAACACGGCAUCACCCCCUGCUUCAUGGCCAAGCCCAUGCAAGGCCAGCCCGGUAGCUCUGGACACAUCCACGUCUCGCUCUGCGAUCUGGAGGGGAAGAACCUCUUCGCACGAGAUACCCCUGACACCAACGCCCCAUGGCCCGAUGCAGCCGGACUGUCCGAUCUGGGCCGCCAGUUCCUCGCCGGUGUGCUGGAAGCGCUGCCAGACAUCAUGCCGCUGUUCGCCCCCACGAUCAACUCCUACAAGCGCCUGGUGGAGAACUUCUGGGCGCCGGUGAACAUUAGCUGGGGUCUGGAGGACCGGAUGGCAUCGGUCCGCAUCAUCACACCGCCAGUGUGCAAGCCGGGCGCGACGCGGUUCGAGGUGCGCAUUCCGGGCGCGGACUUGCAUCCCCACUACGCGCUUAGCGUGAUCCUUGCUGCUGGCUGGCGGGGGGUGGAGAAGAAGCUGGAGAUCACGGUACCACCAGUGUCCGCGCUCAAAUCGACCAACACCAAGGCCGCGCUGCUGCCAAACACACUGGAGGAGGCACUCCGCCGGUUCAACGCGACGGACAGCAUUGCGCGAGAGAUUCUAGACCCAGAGUUUGUCGAGUUCUUUACCGCGACGCGCGAACACGAGCUUCGGGUUUGGCGGGAGGCAGUAACUGAUUGGGAAUUUAAGCGAUACAUCGAAACUGUAUAA